AGAAGUAAGAAGUCACAAGGAUCUGUUAGAACCAAGAACCUCACGGUGAAAAUGAAGUUGUUUGAUGCUCAUUGUCACCUCCAAGACAAGAGGGUCAUUGACAAAGCCUCUCAGCUCAUAUCUGCUGCUUUAGCUGUCGGUGUUACCAAUUUCGCAGUCAAUGGAACCUCCGAGAAAGAUUGGGACUUGGUGAAAGAGAUGGGAGAGACGUAUCCUUCUGUUGUUCCUUGCUUUGGACUUCAUCCUUGGUUUAUUGCUGAUAGAAGCCCUCAUUGGUUUAAGACAUUGAAGAAGUUCUUUGAGACCACUCCUACUGCUGCUGUUGGAGAAAUUGGUUUGGACAAAGGUCCCUUAGCAGGAGGAAUUGAUUACUCAGACCAGCUAGUCGUGUUUCGCCCACAGCUUGAACUUGCAAAAGAACUGAACAAACCAGUAGCAGUUCAUUGCAUCGAUGCAUUUGAUGAUCUCCUAGAGAUAAUGAGAUCCGUAGGGCCUUUUCCUGCUGGUGUGAUUCUUCAUUCAUUCAAUGGUUCAGCUGAGGUUGUUCCUAAACUCGCUGAGCUUGGUGCAUACUUCUCUUUUUCUGGCUGGUUCACUUACAUUGAUGAGAAAAUUGCAAAGAAGACUUUGAAAUCGAUUCCUUCCGAUAGGUUCUUAUUGGAGACGGACUCACCUGACGGGUUACCAAAAUCAGAUGAGAGUUCUUCUGAUCCAAAACCAACUCUCAAUGAGCCUGCAAACAUUCUUGCUGUACUAGAUUAUGUUGCAAACCUGUCAAACAUGAAGAAGGAAGAGCUUGCGGAGUUAAGUUAUGUGAAUUCUGUGAGGUUGUUUUCUUAUCUAGUAGAACUUGUGAUUUUCUCGGUGUUGGAAGCAAUGGCGUCAAAUCUCCUGAAAGCCCUAAUCCGAUCGCAGAUUCUUCCAUCUUCGAGGAGGAAUUUUAGUGUGGCGACCACACAACUUGGCAUUCCAACAGACGAUCUAGUCGGCAAUCACACCGCCAAAUGGAUGCAGGAUAGAAGCAAGAAAUCACCUAUGGAACUGAUCAGUGAGGUUCCACCUAUCAAAGUUGAUGGAAGGAUUGCUGCUUGUGAAGGAGACACCAAUCCGGCCCUGGGUCAUCCAAUCGAGUUCAUAUGCCUCGACCUAGAUGAGCCUGCGAUCUGCAAGUACUGCGGCCUUCGCUAUGUUCAAGAUCAUCACCACUAAGCCAAAUUCUGAAAGUUAAUCGCUGGUCUCUCUCCCUUUUUAAUUGCAUUUUCAUGUUUGUGUAUUGUUUUUAUGGUGCCUCGACAUCUUCAACUAUAAUAUCUAAUAAAGGAUUCGAUCAAAGUCUGGUAAGUUUGGUAUUGUUUGAUCUCACUUGAGCACUCGUCAUGUUGUAACAUCCAAUAUCUGGUAUCAUUCGUCAUGUUUUCAAUGCUAUUGAGCUCAAUAAAAAGCUUGGGGUUUG